UGCUUCGCUACGCACACCGCUUCCUCAAACACAUCUCUAAUUUUGCACGGAUAUUUUGUAAUAGUUAUUAGUAAGAAAAACAAUAGUAAAGUAAAACAAUGGUUAUUGGCGUCUUCCCGGCGGCCAAGCUCGGCAUCUUGGCCAUCAAGCAGGUCAGCAAGCCUAUAGCCAACGUGAUCAAGUCCAAUGCCAAGUCGAGUCCCUUCUUCAGAAAGUACAUAUGCAUGCCGCCCGCACAGUUCUACAACUGGGUGGAGGUGAAGACCAAGAUGUGGGCCCUGAACAUGGGUGGUCGCGUUAAUGUUCCACCGUUGAACGAGGCGAUGGCCAUUGAGCUGGGAGCCAAUCUGCUGGGCGAGUUCAUCAUCUUCUCGAUCGGAGCCGGUCUUUUGAUUUUCGAGUACUCACGUCAAACCAUCAAGGAGAACAAGAAAAACGAGUUGGCGCAAUCGGAGAAGAUGGCACUGACCAAUAUGCUGACGGAGAUGAACUUUCGGCUGGAGCGACAGGAUGCCCAGAUACGAGAAAUGACGCGAGUGCUGGCUGAUCUAGAUUCGCGAAACAUUUUCCGGUGGCACAAGGAGCCCAUUCAGGAAUACGUGCCCUUCGAUCCCGACACGCCGGACCAGAGUGCCAGGAAUCCGAAAAAGUUUGACAGCUUAUAUGACCCGCAAGGCGGUAUGGCCUUCCGCGCCUUGCACUUCCUGGACACGCAGAUCUUCGUGGACGGACGCAACCGCAAGGCCAAGGAGGCUCUCCAACACCUGGAUGAGGUGGCCGUGCAGCUGGAGCAGUCUCUGGGAGAGGCAGCCACCGUUGACGUUGCCAGCACACAGCCUACAAAAGCAGCCGAGCUUUGACCAAAGCGGCAGCUAGAGCAGGAUCUGGCCCUGCUCAUGAUGGCGGUGGCGAUGGAAGAACAGUGAGGCUGGCCGCUUGUACACAUUCAACCUGCAGACCAUUUCAUCAGUACUAGUUAUGAUCAAAUCGCGCGUUACCAUUUCGUACUUUAAGUAUAAAAGUCAAUAGUAUUCUAUAACUAUUGGACGUUUGUAGUUAUAUUUAUUAAUUUUUAUUGUUACCGCAGACAAACAACUAAAGAGAUGCAAAACAGUGUA